AUGGCAAGUGGAACGCGACCAGCACCGAAUCAGGCCGACACUGUAACAUUCUGGCGUGGCCUGUGGUCAGAGCCCGUAAACCACAGCGAGGGCUCUUGGAUGGAAGUUGUGGCUAGUCAGUGUGCGAGUAUAACGCCCAUGGACCCAGUCAUUAUAACGCCGAAUGACGUAGCACAGGCGAUCCGUAGGGCCCCGAACUGGAAAAGUCCGGGACUCGACGGGCUGCAUCACUACUGGCUGAAGGGGUUUGUAGUGUGUCACACUGUGCUCGCCCGACAGUUCCAAUAG